AUGGCUGGUUUCUCAGCAUUCAUCCUCUUUACCUCUGUCUUCUGUCAGCUCACAGUAACAGCAACUCUAAAGGAGGUGGUUGGUGCCCUUGGUGGAUCUGUGACCUUCACUCUGAAUUUCACGGAAAAACAUGUUGAGACUAUUAUAUGGAACUUCAGGUCAAUCUCUCUUGCCGUCAUAGCUAAGGACAAUGUCCUAUUGCUCCAAAAUCAUAACAAAAACCGGAUAGCCUUUCCAAAUGGAAACUACUCCAUGGAACUCAGCCAGCUGAGGAAGAAUGACUCAGGUGUCUACCGUGCGGAGAUUCACAGUCCAUCACUUCAGUCUCCCUCCAUCCAGGAGUAUAUGCUGCAUGUCUACGAGCAUCUGUCAAGGCCCAAAGUCACCAUGGAUGAGCAAGACAAGAAUGGCACCUGCAUAACCAACCUGACAUGCUCCAUGGAAGAAGGAGGAGACAAUGUGACUUACAGCUGGAAAGCCCUAGGGCAGGAAGUCAGUGAGAUUCAUGAUGGUGCCGUUCUCCCCAUCUCCUGGAGAUUGGGAGAGAAAGACAAGACCUUAAUUUGCAUGGCCAGAAAUCCCAUCAGCCACAGUUCUUCAACCCCCAUCUUUGUCCAGAACCUCUGUGAAGAUGCUGCCAAGGACCUAAAUUCAUCUAGGGUCAUCAUAUACAUCAUACCAUUGCUCAUUGUGCCCAGUUUCUUGGUGUUGGGCAUUCUUCUUAGUAUGCGCACAGAGAAAGGAAAAGGCUCCAAGGAUGACAUGGAGAGAGUGGACAGCCACCAGGAAAAGCCCAACAUCUGUCCCCACUUGGAAGAGAAUACAGAAUAUGACACAAUCCCUUAUGUUAAUGGAACAAGGCUGGAAGAGGACACAGAAAACACACUUUAUUCAAUUGUGCAGAUCCCCAAAUCGGUGAAGAGUCCCAGCUCCCUGCCUGCAAUGCCCCAUAUGCCAAAGCCGUUAAGCUUUGACAAUAUUAUCUAG